GUUAUUAUUUAGCUGAGUAUAUAACCAAUGUAUGAACUAUUUUACUGAAAAGAAAAACUGACACAUAAAGCAUGUCUUGAGUUCACUUAUUGAUUAACGGAGUAUAGUAUUGUGAUUUGCCUGAAACAAUAUAAAAAAAUCUUCAUAUUUAAGUACUGUUUCAUCACUAGAGUUGUGUUUUCUACUUCUUGUAUCAACUUUAUUUCAACUGAAUAAUAGAAAGCAUCUAUAUUGCUAAUCUUAUUAUUUAAGGAUUAAAUAAACACUUAGGAUAUUAUAAGAUAUUUUAUCAUACAUAGUACAAUGUCUGGGAACAUGACCACUUUAAGAAGACAUCAUUCUACAUUCUCGCAUACAAUGAAUAAAUUUAAAGCGAUGGAUAAAGCAAACAAUCCCCAGGGUGCAAAACCAAAGUAGGAGUUGUAAAUGAAAUUAUUUUUAGUAAAAACAAUUGUGUAAAACAUUUCAUUUAAUUAAUACAUAAGAUUUAUUUUGAUUGUUACUUUAUUCAAAGAAAUAGUUCGGAUAAAUAAAUACUACAGAGAGUAAACAAAUGUUAUUAUUUAAGUAUUCGAUAACUAGUUAUUUAGUCGUCAACUUGAACCCCACCAUACCUAUGUCAUCUUACCCAGUUGGAUAGUAUUACUGACUCUGAAGCAAGAACUUGAAACUGAAAUCAAGAAUUUGCCUGAUUACUGAGUUACAUCACACCUUUGUGAUAAAUAAAUUAUGAAUCGAUAAACUGGUCACGAGAAGGAUUGGUGAAGAAACGUUCGUAGUAAAUAAACUAGUCAAUAUCUAAAUCACAUUAACCUAUUUCUCGGUAGUCUUAUAACUAUGUGUUUUGCAUGAAGAAAGCCUAUUACUUGAAAAGUAAAAUGUUUUUAUAACAUAAUGUUGACGUAAGUUAGCUGAUAGGCGUUAAAUAGUUCGAAUAUAUAAUCCUGUUAAAAACCUUAAUUACAAUCUACAUAGCUCAGUUGUAAUUUUUCAGACAUGUGAUAUAGUAUUAGUCGUAACAAACACAAUAGUCUGAUUCAAGACUGUUGCUCACCAUGAAGGUCAAUGAAACUUAUGAAUACUUCUCUUUCACGAUGAUUUGUAAUGGUUCGAGGCGGAAACAACACAAAUCCGAGUUACUUAAAUUCGUAAAAAUUAGUUUUUAAGUGAUCAGAGGAGUAAAAUAACUUAAAUUAAUUUUAAAUGCUCUGGAGUUAUGUUAAACGCUUUAAUGUACCCGUUAACUAUAUGCAACUAACGUAAAAGAGGUCACAUAAUGAAACCUUACAAAUAUAUACGUAAGUAAUGAAACUAAUGUUGGAGAGAGACCUUAUUCCACAAUGUAACGAGUUCAUACAAAAUGUCGUCUAUUGAAUUCAUCUAUACUAUCAUAAUGAUAGUACUUAACAGUUCACACAAAAAUGGUGUAUAACUAUGCAUACCACUCAAAUAUAAUAUCAUUUACUAAUGCUUCAGAAAUGACUUUUCGUACGUAUCUUCACAAUGAUAGAAAUGAUUCAAUAUUUUAAAUAUUACACUUAUUUAUUGCAGAAUAUUGGGGAUCUACACGUAAUUGAAGUGUCUCUUUUCAUUUAUUUACAAUCAUGGUACUUUUCUGUUGCUGUGGGGUUCCGUUAACGAACAGAUAUACAAGAGUUCUUUUUACGAUUUCAGUGUUUUUACAUGCUGAAUACUUUUUGUGUUCAAAAGUUAUGUUUGUGGCGACAAUACACCAAAUGAUCAGUAAAUUAUCAACUUUAUAUCGCAUUCUGAUUCUAGAAUUUUGUAUAAACUAAAUUAUUAGGAGACUGAAUAUCCAAUGAUAUAUUUAAAAAUAAAUGUAAAAUAUGAAGCUCACAGACCAUUGGUAUUAUUAAUUUACAUGAGUUCAGUAUUAUCAGAUACACGUAGAAAAUUUACACCUUAGGAGGUUGAACUACAUGAUGUACCAUCGGAAGUGUGAAACACCAUCAAUUAAGAUGUAGAAUUUUAGAUAUUGUGAACGACCAAAUGGAUCCCACUACAAGUUAUGUAUUUCUUAAAGUAUUUUUACCAGAAAAAUAGUUUUUCAAUCGACAACGUUCAACUUUAAUUGCAUCAAAGUUACUUGUUUACUAAAAAUAAUUUUUUUAUACAGUUGCAAAUAUGCUGCUUGGACAGAUUCUGUACUUAAUUAAGAACAAUGGGAAGUACUAAUACACUAAAACAAUUGUCGAAAAAUGCUUCGACUGAACUAUUUAGUUAGAUCACAUGUAAAUGUGCUGAAAACUCGAUAUGCCGAUCAUUAUGAACCAGUUAUUUUUCAUCAUUUUACUUGACAAGAAUUUAAAGAUUUUGCAAGAUCUUAGUUAAUACAAACAAUAGCACUGGAUAUAACUAUUACAAUAAACAUGCAUUCAUUUCACCACAUACCCAAAAUUUCGAACUAUAAUAUCAAAGAUUAAAAUACAAUAACAAAACAGGUAUCAAUAACAAGAUUAGACUUAAUAGUUUCAUUGUUUCCUUUGUACUAUCUAAACAUGUGUUAAUUUUAAUGCCUAUUAUUUAUUUACUCUGAAGAAGCGGCUUACAUUAAGUUACGAAACGUCAGAAACAUAAUUUUUCUACUCAUUUAAAUAUAACAAAAAUAUAUUUAUUACAAUAGCAAAACAGUUUCGCAUCCGGUGGAAAAGGAGCACAACCUAAUGCAAAACAGAUUAUGCUUGAUUGGUGUAAAGCUGUAACUAAAGGAUAUGAGGGUGUGGACAUACAAAAUUUCGGAAGUAGUUGGGGUGAUGGUUUAGCAUUUUGUGCAUUAAUUCAUCACUUUUAUCCUGAUUCAUUUGAUUUCUCUACAUUGGAUCCAAAAAAUAAACGAGCAAAUUUUGAAUUGGCGUUUGAAAAAGCUGAGAAACUUGGCAAUGUUUCUCCGUUACUUGACAUUGAGGAUUUGAUGCGUAUGAAAGUACCUGACUGGAAAUGUGUCUUUACACAAAUUCAAUUGUAUUACCGGCGUUUCCAUUUGGAAGAAGGUAAAAAUGCAACUGUUCCUCCAACUGGUAUCCUUCCUAAAGCUGCCCCGAAAUCAGAGAAUACGGAUGAAUAG